CCACUGUCGGCUCUAAAUAGAAAAACCUCCGUCGAUCGACAAGAUUGAGUCAGUUCGCUCUGAGACUUUUACGUGAUAGGAACAUAAAAUUUUAUACACCACCGCGAGAUACUUAAAUUUAUCAGAAAAAAAAGAUACAUAUACCUUAUACACUCUCUUACCUAUACCUACCUAUAUAUCUGUGUUCUCGGUUGGAAAGUUGUAUUUUAAGAAACACGAGAAAUAUUUUUGAACGCGUUUUCAACAUUCAGUUUUCGAACGUCGCACAGUGCGGAACUAAAAACAGAAAAACGAUCGUCGCUAAGAUAUUGAAAAAAUUUAAUUUGUAAACACGAACACGGUCAGUGAAAGAAAAUAUUGAAAUUAGUGAACAAAAUUAAAAAUAAUUAUUAUUUGAUCAAAAAGGAUAAAGUGAGACUUAUAAGUGAAAAAGUGCAACCGGAUUAUUACAAGGAUUACACCUAAAAAAUUCAUCAGAUCAGCAAAUAAAAUAAAAUAUAAAAAUGCAUUUACCUCAAGGACCAACAGUUGUAGCACCCCCACCCUCCACCAACUCCCCCCAUUCAAUCAAUCGGAAUAACGACAACACAAACUGUCAGGAUAACACCUCUUCGACCGCUGCCAAAAUGCCUCCAUCAAUGACAGAUAUGUUCGCCAGCCUCCAUGAAAUGCUCCAGGAAUACCACGGCGAAUUAGCUCAAACAGGAUCCCCAUCGAUAUUGUGUUCAGCGUUGCCCAACCACUGGCGCAGCAAUAAAUCGCUACCUGGAGCCUUUAAAGUCAUUGCUCUGGACGAUGUCCAGGAUGGCACUUUGGUCACUAUCAAGUGCGGAAAUGAUGAAAAUUACUGCGGCGAAUUGAGAAAUUGCACAGCAAUAAUGAAGAACCAAGUGGCCAAAUUCAAUGAUCUGCGUUUUGUCGGUCGCAGCGGCCGUGGAAAGUCAUUCUCAUUGACCAUCACCAUCGCUACUUAUCCCGUUCAAACUGCCUCAUACACCAAAGCCAUCAAAGUGACCGUCGAUGGUCCCCGGGAGCCAAGAUCCAAGCAAAAUUAUGGAUAUCCUCAUCCCGGGGCAUUCAAUCCGUUUAUGUUAAAUCCUGCGUGGUUGGAUGCGGCCUACAUGACAUAUGGAUAUGCGGAUUAUUUUCGUCAUCAAGCGGCGGCUGCAGUACAUCAUCCUUCACUAGCUAAAGGAUCCCCAACUUUGCCAACGCAAGUGCCUCAAACCGCUCUUCCACCAUCAGGUCCACAAGGUCCCCCACCACCACAUGCCGGCGGCAACGGUGGUGCUGGUCCAAACGACUUCCACCAACCACCAGUAACCCCACCUGGUCUGCCACCAAUGUCCGGCCCCAAUGGAAUGAUUCCCUCGCCCGGAUCAGCAGCCAGUGCAAAUGCUUACCUGCCACAAUUUCCAUUCGGACCUGGUCAGCCCUUCCUGCCGUAUAAUUUCCCAGGAUUGCGAGUCCGCAACGGUCUACCACCCCACGGUGUAAAUCCUUUGAACACAUCCCUCGGCAGCCACGGCUCCACCGAACACAUUAGUCCAGCACACAUAUCGCCCGCUUCGUCGCGUCCAUCAUCAUCCAGUCCCCCAUCGACGAACCACAGCAUUUCGGCGAAAUUGAACACAUCCCUUGAGACGAAUUCGCUGCACGAACAAUCCUCCGAUGAUUCCGACGAUGAGCAAAUCGAUGUCGUCAAAUCAGCCUUCAUUCCGAUUCUACGUCCUAAAUUGCCAUCGAUGGAUGAACGCCUCUGCUCCCAGGAGGAUCUCGACAAGUCCAUCGAUUCGACUCGCAGCAGCCCCCUCAGCACAAUUCAACAAUCAUCUCUUCGACUGCGUUGCGACCUAAAAGCUCCAUCCGCCAUGAAACCCAUCUUCCAUGAAUCAUCGAUCACCAUUCCAGCAACGAAAUCUUCACCCACCUCGCCCGAAACCAAAUUCAAAUCAUCGACAAUCUCAGCCCAGAAGACGGUCUGGAGGCCAUACUGAGGACCGCCUCAAGACUCAAAGUUCCGCAAAUGGAUUUUUUAGAAAAAUCUCAUGCAGUUUUCCGCAGUCGCAGGCCAAACUCGCGCGUUCUGCUAAGCGACCGAUGGCGACAAUAAUAUCUUUGUAUAUGGAUGGCAGAGACGAACGAAGUGAGUGGUGGUGCGUCAAGGCAAGGCGAGGCAUGUCGUCGACUUUGCCAAAACAGCCCAGUAUUCUUGAGCCAGCAAAUAUUGUUAACCGUAUAUUACUACUGGACAUAAUCAGGACAGACGAACAAGGAUUUCUAGGAAACCUCUCUCCCUAGAUGAGAAAGUGUACAGCUCUGGAGUCGAGAUUCUAGUCAUAAAAAAUGGUGUGGUGUUGAUGGGGUGUGCUGUUUUCGAUUUUUUUCCGCGAAGUUAAAAAAAUUGAAAAACUUUUACCCAGAACAACAAACAACAAUAAAAAACGAAGCUGAAACAACCAAAAAUAAAUUUAAAAAAUAUUGUGAUGAUGAAAACGAUGGAUAAAGUAUAUUAUAUUUGUGAUAAUAGUGGUGUAAGGGGUUUGAAGGGAACUAACUAAAAAAGAGGGAUGAUAUGAUGAACACAGUUGAAUGGAAAAAUAAUUACCGGCGCAUUUCGAACAUUGCAUUCAAUGGUUUUCCACGAAUUCGCACACCGCGUUUCGUUUGAAUUCCAUUUCGAAAGUUGCCGUAAGCCGUAUCCUCUGUUUUAGUGUUUUGAUUAAAAUUGAAAUAAUAAAAAAACGCACAUUCAUGUAAAACAAAGUGUACCUAUAAACGAGACUAACAAUAAAAACAAAACUUAACUAUAAAAUAAAAAGGAUUCAUUAUUUUUCCCGAAACCAAUGUGUGCACUACAAAAAUUUAAUAAAAUUAAACUUUCAAAAAUAUUCCUUGGAUAAUAAUUUAUAUUUUUUGUUCUUCUAAUUUUUGUAAAUAUGUAACAACAACAAACAAUAGUUCAAAUGGAUUGAAAACAGAGAUGCAGAGAAAAUUAUUUAUGUUUUGUUAAUUAUAAGAUUUAAAAAAAAAAAACAACUGAAAAUAUUUUAACUAUAUAAAAAAAUAAAAACAAUUUGAUGUAUAAAUAAAAUAGAAAUUUAAAUUAAUAUCUAUUUGUAUAAAAAUUAUGUUAUUUUAUAUAAGUUUUGUUAUA